UACCCAUUCGUUGCAAGGCACUUUCUUGCCAUGUCCAAAGAAUACACCAAACCCGACCCUUUCCGUAUCAAGGCAGAAAUCAAGGGUAAAAAACAGAAGCGGGCUCAAGGGUCAUCCCAUUAUCGACCAAAGGCACCAACUGAGUUGACAUUGCUUCCCUAUUUUAAAGAUGUGCCCGCCGCCGAACAACCGGAAUUGUUUUUAAAGAAAAUUCAGCAAUGCUGCGUCGUUUUUAACUUCAACGAUCCCACCUCAGAUAUGCCCAGCAAAGAACUAAAACGCCGAUUCCUCACCGAACUGGUUGAAUAUGUAUCGGUUCCUCGAAACGCCUUGCACGAAUCCACAUACCAACCAAUCAUUCAAAUGAUUGCAUGCAAUAUAUUCCGACCGUUACCUCCGACCGAUACCUCAGACUUUGACCCGGAAGAAGAUGAUCCAGUCCUAGAGGUUGCAUGGCCCCACCUGAUGCAUGUCUACGAAUUUUUUCUUCGCGUGUUAGAAUCGUCCGAUUUCCAGCCCAGUGUGGCCAAAAAAUACAUCGAUCAGAGGUUUGUCUUACAGCUUUUAGAAUUGUUCGACAGCGAAGAUCCGCGUGAACGUGAACUCCUCAAGACAGUGGUUCAUCGGAUUUACGGGAAGUUUCUGGGCUUGCGAUCUUUCAUUCGGAAACAAAUAAAUAAUAUUUUCCUCCGGUUCAUCUAUGAAACGGAACAGUUCAACGGUGUGGGUGAACUGUUGGAGAUCUUGGGUAGUAUCAUAAAUGGAUUUGCACUCCCGCUUAAGAGCGAGCACACACGUUUCUUGGCCAAAGUUUUGAUUCCGCUUCACAAGGCCAAAUCCCUGGUUCUGUUUCACCCACAGCUGGCCUACUGCAUAGUACAAUUUCUUGAGAAAGAAUCUACUCUGACCGAACAAGUGGUCAAGGGUCUGCUGAAAUUCUGGCCGAAAACCUAUUCUCAGAAGGAGGUCAUGUUCCUGGGUGAGAUCGAGGAGAUCCUCGAAGUAAUCGAUCCGACUCAAUUUCGACGAAUCAUGGUCCCUCUGUGCAAGCAAAUCGCCAAGUCGGUGUCCAGCUCACAUUUCCAGGUUGCGGAACGAGCUUUGGGUUAUUGGAACAACGAAAACAUUGUAUCACUGGUUGAAGAAAACCACGAAGUCCUUAUUCCCAUCUUGUUUCCAUCGUUUUAUCGAAUCUCUCGUGAGCACUGGAAUCAGACCAUCGUCGCUUUAGUUGGAAACGUGUUGAAGAAUUUCAUGGAAAUCAACAAUUCCUUGUUUAAUGAGUUGGUGGAAAACUACAAAGCCGAACGACAACGGGAGAGGAAACGCGAAAAAGAACGGGAAGAACUGUGGAAAAAACUGGAACAACUUCGCGUUUCUGGCUCAGGCGAUGCACUCAAUGCUCAGUCAUAG